AUGGCAGGCAUCUUCAGAGGUUGUGAAGUAAGAAAGGAGGGUUCCUUUCCCCUCAGCGCCGAUUUCCCCCUCAGCGCCCCAACCGUGUGGCGCGCAUGCGCAGAUGGGACCAACGGCUUCGGCGCGUGCGAGGGGAGGGGGCGUGGCAGGGGAGGGGAAGGGGGCGUGGCGUGUGGAGGGAAGGAGUGGCAGAAGGAGGCUGGUCGCCGUCGCUGCCGGUGCUGCUGCUGCUGCUGCCUCUUCUCCGGAGGGCGAUGCGAAGCGAUGGCCGCGGGCGGGCCCUGCAGCUUUGAGGAGCGGAGCUACCGCCGCUUCUUGGAGCUUUUCCUGCUCGAGUUCCGCGGACCUUUCGGGGCGGAACCGGCCAAAGAGGAAGGAGGAGAGGAGAAAGCCGCCGAAGAAGAAGAAGGAGAAGGAGAGGCGAAGGAGGAGGAGGAGCGGGAGGAGGGAGAAGCCCAGCCGGAGGAGCCUCCCGGAGCGGAGGGAGCCGAGGAGAGCGCCGCCUCGCCUCCGCCGCCCUCCCCGCCGCUCCUCCCGCCGCUGCCCUCGCUGCCGCGCCCGCUCUCGGAGCCCAUCACCGAGGAGGAGGCCGAAGGGGAGUGCCUGGACCUCUGCCUCCAGCAGCUCUACAAGUAUAACUGUCCUUCCCUCCUGGCGGCUGCAUUGGCCCGGGCCACAGCAGAUGAAGUCCUGCAGAGUGACCUCUCAGCCCUCUACUUGCCCAAACAUUCAGACAGCCCAGAUGGGAUCAUACAGGUGCAGACUGAGAAGCUGGCCCGCACGGUGUUCAGCAAACUCCACGACACCUGCAGCAGUUGGGUGAAAGACUUCCCCCUCCAGCCAAAGCCUCACCGCUAUUACGAAACAUCCAUUCAUGCCAUUAAGAACAUGCGGCGAAAGAUGGAGGACAAGCACGUCUGCAUUCCAGACUUCAACACCCUCUUCAACCUUGAGGAUCAAGAGGAGCAGGCUUAUUUUGCAGUGUUCGAUGGCCACGGUGGAGUCGACGCGGCCAUCUAUGCUUCCAUUCACCUCCACGUGAACCUAGUGCACCAAGAGAUGUUCCAGCAUGACCCCGCAGAGGCGCUUUGCAAGGCCUUCCGGGUGACAGACGAGCGCUUUGUGCAGAAGGCGGCCAGAGAGAGCUUGCGGUGCGGGACAACAGGUGUCGUGACCUUCAUCCGGGGGAACAUGUUACAUGUGGCCUGGCUUGGAGACUCCCAGGUGAUGCUGGUAAGAAGAGGUCAAGCGGUGGAAUUGAUGAAGCCUCAUAAACCCGAUCGAGAGGAUGAGAAGAAGCGGAUCGAGGCCCUUGGAGGCUGCGUGGUCUGGUUUGGGGCUUGGCGAGUCAACGGGAGCCUGUCUGUCUCCAGAGCCAUUGGGGAUGCUGAGCACAAGCCAUACAUCUGUGGAGAUGCGGAUUCUGCUUCCUUGGUUCUGGAUGGAUCAGAAGACUACCUCAUUUUAGCCUGCGAUGGUUUCUAUGACACAGUGAACCCCGAUGAAGCCGUGAAGGUGGUGGCCGACCACCUGAAGGAAAACAACGGCGACAGCAGUAUGGUGGCCCACAAGUUAGUGGCCUCAGCACGAGAUGCGGGAUCGAGUGACAACAUCACUGUCAUUGUGGUCUUUCUCAGGGACAUGAAUAAAGCAGUGAGCGUUAGCGAGGAAUCCGAGUGGACAGAGAACUCGUUCCAAGGUGGACAAGAAGACAACGGAGAUGACAAGGAAAACCACGGCGACUGCAAGAGGCCAUGGCCUCAGCACCAGGUCUCGGCACCUGCUGAUCUAGGAUACGACGGGAGAGUAGAUUCUUUCACAGACAGAACUACUUUGAGCCCAGGCUCCAGGAUCAACAUAUUGGAAGACCCAGGCUGUUUAGACCUGAGGAAAAUGGAAGCCAGCAAACAGCAGAGUGCCAAACGCCUGUCCCCUGAUCAAGGGUUGAAUGCUGGUGUACCAAAGAGAGCAACCUUGGGCCCCAGCGUAUCAACCGACAACCAGACAGCGGCAGACAGUGCAUCUCUCGGAGACGGUCAGAGCAGUUCCCAGUCCUCCCCUCUUAGUCUGGGCUCCACAAGCCUGCACGCCUGCGCCGUGGCGAGCAAAUCUCCGACUUCCACCGGGUUUGGAGGUGAAUGGUUCUUGUCCUGGGGAAGAAGAGCUUCCAUCUUCUCUCACUCCCACUUCUGCGACACAAAACGGUGGCAGCGGCUAGCCAGACUCAAGCCAAAACUCCACCUGCUCCUCUUUGAGCACAGGCCACUUUCCCGCACGGAAGGAUUAACCCUGUGCUCCCCCCCUGGUAGCCUGAACGGGCGCAGGAAUAAGCUGAAAAGGAGCCGGCUCUGGCAGGGCUUCUCUAGUUGCCGCCAGGGCCAUGGGGAGAGCCUUCUCCUGAUGCUGAGGCACAGUCACUGUUUACCAGACCCACGGCUGCUUUGGAGCUGUCAAAAAUAACCCUCUCCCUCGUAUUCCCCCGGCUUCUCCAAAUAGUUAGGUUAGGCAUUCACAGAAUGAGAAGUAACUCAGAUAACUCAGAGCGAGCAUUUCAGAACUCUUAACACGAUUGUGGAAUGCCCACUCAUGUAAAUAGAUCCUAGGAAUAAAAAGCGUUUUGAUCUCAAAAUAAUAAUAAUAAUAA